GCCCCGGCCCCCGCUCGUGCAACAGAUAAGGGAAAGGCUAUUCACCUAGAGUAUGAAAUUGAACAAGCUCAGAAUUUUUCACGAGCCUAUUUCUAGUCUGGAACAGUGCAUCAAUUAUUUACGAUUACGACAGUCAUCUUCAGAAUCAAAAUGUUGGACGAGGGAGUCUUGUUUUUUUCCUAUUCUUUGGGGUGACGUAACCCGUGAUGUUGACGUGAAAAGAACAUGGCGUGGUCGUACUCGUUUCCCUCUUCUAGCGGCCGAGACUAGCUUCGUCCGGUUUUCCGGAACAAGAGGCGUACAGGAUAAGGUUCCUGGAGCGACGCUGUUGUGAAUGUGAUUGAACAACAAGAUGCCGAAGAACGUUACCAGAUCCAGACUUUCGGUCUCGGCGAAGCUGCUGGCGUUUACGUUUGGAAACGGUAAUAAUUGGCUGGGCUUUAAUCGUCUUUGUGUAUUGGUGAUUUUCAUGCAUGUCAGCCGGCCAAACCCGCACGCAAGAACAUGCAGUGACAACAUGUGAUGCGCUACAUGACGCACAUAAAAAUGCGCAUGCGCUGGUGGAGGAAUAACGUUCGUAAAUCAAUACAAACUAAGAUGUCGGUGUCUCGAAGAUAAGGAUCAAGAUUAAUAAUUCUACAGGCCUAGCUGUCGUCCUGGACCGGGACACGAGGAAGCAACUGGAAGAGGGCGAAUCGUUCCAUGGUUCCGUUGUUAGUGUCGGACCCGAUGAAAACGUCGGCCAGAAGCAGGAGCGCAACGAGUUGUACUACAGCGACGAGGCGGAAGACGCUCCGGCUAGCGAUAAUGAUGUUGAACAAGGUGGAGAAGAACCUUCCGUGGUGAUGUUGGACAAGGUCAAGGUGGCAGCGUCGGAGAUCUACGACAACACUUUCAACAGCGCUCAGCGCCUGCAGGACAACUCCGUGCUGUCCGACGCGCAACGCAGCCAGAUUGAACAUGAUGAGGAGUUGGUGCAGACCGCCCGCAGCCUCAUGCGCGACAGCGAAGGACUUACGAACGGGUGUCUGCAUCCGCCAACGACAGCGUUUGGCAAGUUGCGUGACGCCACGGGCUAUCAAAUGUAAAAGUGUCUGGGUCUGGAAGAAUUGGAACUUGUGAUGCUAGCUUUGGUCUCUAAAAAAAUCUGUAUUGCAUGACCAGCAAGAGGAGUCUAGUUUGUGCUAUGCAGGGAGGGCGUUUGUCAUGCGGAGUAGCCAUCAGGAAGCCCUCUAAAAAUCUGUGAUGCUAGGUCGUGCAUUACAGACAUCCUGGGUCAUGCAAAACAUGCAUGACAAGUCUCAGAAUCUUCCAGACCCAGACAUUUUUACAUUUGAUACGGGCCACCUUUCCUACAGCUGCUGGUGGAAGGAUGCAUCCGUCUUCCCCUGGCGCAUAUGGACAGGAAAAACAGCACUAGUGACGCAUUUUUUUGGUUUUGCAUGAUCUAGACCAGGAUGGUCCUGGUCCAUGGAGAUGGAGAUGGAUCGGUCAGGAGCCAGCGAGUUCUUUGUCAUUUUUCUCUCUGAGUAGGAGUAAAAAAUAAGAACAUGUUGACCUUCCAAUUCCAUAGAGACCUCCGAGGCAGGCGGAGAUUGUGCCAGUCGUGCCACAGCCACAGCCACAAAUUAAAAUUAUAAACUUGUUGAUGCAAAUAAUCAAGAAUAAAGAGAGUAUUCUGUGCAGUGUUUUUCUUUUUUGAUUCCGCCGUCAGGGUUGCUACUACGGUAUCACCGCGGCUCUGGCAGGAGUCUGUCAGAAUCCGAAGAGAGCACAUGGGGAUUGCUGCGAAGAAGUGCGAGUGCCGGGACAGAACAACAAGUGCCGGCGGGUAAAAAACGCGCUUUUUUCGUGCCCGAAGUACGAAGCGAUACCUGGCUUCUCGUCACAAACGGCAUGGUUCAGAUGAAAUUCUUUGUAGGAAGCUGGCUGUAGCUACUACCACGUGUGCGUCGGCAGCGGCACAGUCACAAACAGAAGUUGUAAGUGCUCAAACUCAAAAGCAGAUACACGAGUCCGAUUAACAUCAAUCAUGACCACAUGUUGUUGAUGAGAUGUUUAGGUUUACGUGCGUCUGAUGAAUCUCGUCGUGACAGUAAAAACUUACCGUGUGACACUUGAAGAGAAAAGUCUCCCUAUCGCGGCCACAUUGUACUCAAACAAUUUGUCGAACGCGAUGCCCAUGCCUUUUGGAUUUGAUUGGCAUUGGUUCAACAGAUCGCAUAUGAAUUAAAAUUUACGUAACUGUACUUACGCAAUUGUGCUUGAAUUUUUGUUUACUGUAUUUAUGCAUCUUAUCCGACUUGAAAACUAUCAGUGGCACAAACGUAUUUUUGUUUGCGUUCUAGGUCGCAGCGAUGCUCGGCUCGACAGACGAGAUGAGGAACACGAGAUAAAAUUGCGUGUCGCGUCACCAGUUCUGGUGUCCGGCGUCCGGAGCCCUCCAU